AUGACAUCAUUGCAGUUAUUGUUACUGAUAUUUACAUUGACAUUAAUACUUCAGCUGGUUAAAUCAUCAUCAACAACAUCAUCAUCAUCAUCCAACAGUGGAGCUUCCUGGCAACCAGCUCUGAGCGACAGCCGAUCCACCCAAGAAGCCAAUACCUAUGCUGACUUACCUCCGACUGUCUUUUCACCCACUGGUCGCCUCCACUCAGUUGAAACGAUAGUGGAAGCUGCCAAAUCGAGUAGCAAUCCUCGAGCCAACUUGGUUUUGGCCAUGAAUUGCAACGAUGGGAUUGUUUUAAUUUCCAAUACUCCCACCUCCCCGUAUUUGAAUACAACUACGACUACGACUACAACUACGACUACAACUACGACUACAACUACAACUACGACAUCAAGCGACAAUGCAACACUGUCAUCAUUGUUCUUGGACAAUCAACAAAAUUCCAUUUUUCAUUCACUAUCUCCCAGUCUCGUUGUAGUUACGGCUGGAAAUAUAGUCGACGGACACGUAUUGAAGCACUUGUGUCAUGAGGUGUCUCAUUCUUGGAUGCAACAGUCCGGUGGUGGUGUUGCGGCCAUAGGUGGAUUGGCACGACAAUUGGCCGAUCAAUUGCAAUUGCCAACCCAAAGUAUCGCGGAUGCGGAUGGCAAGAGGAAUUACAAAAUGUUGGCCAGUUUUGCACUUCUUGUUGGUCACAAGGAAUUGUGGAGAUUGGAUCCGACAGGACAAUUUUGGAAAUCGCAAGCCGCAGUGAUCGGGUGCAAUGCCAACAAGGCCGAAGCCAUAUUGUAUCAAAAAUUGUUGAAUCAAGGCAACGAUAUUUGCCAAACCAUACAGCGGAUGUCGUCGGAGGAUGCCUUGACCUUGUUGAAAGACUGUCUCGAAUCAUCCUUUCCAGCUCCACCAUCAUCGAGCAAAAGUACUGCCAAGAAGAUUUAUUGGCAGGCAAUGGUGCAGUAUCAUACUACUGCUACUACUGCUACUAAUCGUCGUCCACGGCGCAUCUUUCAAAGGGGUGCCUUUGCACCGCAUCAUGCUCCAGUGAUAUCAGAGGCAGCAGCAGCUUCUUCAGCAACCAAAGUAUCAUAG